GCUUUGGCGGAGGUCCGAGGCUUUGCAAGCCUUGGACACUACGUUUGGGCCUAUGCGUACCUGCGGAUGCUCCACCACAAGGAUCCCAACCUCUUCUACCAGACCUUGUUGGCGGAGCCCCACUUCCUGAUGCCCAUCGUCUACACCCCAACUGUGGGCGAGGCUUGCCAGAAGUUUGGAACUUUGCCCUUCCUGCCUCGCGGCUGCUACUUGUCGCUGUCCGACCGUGGCAAUUUGAAGGCUGUUCUCAAAGAGUAUGCCGAUGCGCACUUGCCAAAGGACCCAAGUGGCAAGCCCGAAUGUCAGUGCAUUGUUUUCUCCGAUGGCGGUCGCAUCCUGGGCCUCGGUGAUCUGGGCGUUUGGGGCAUGGGCAUCCCUAUCGGGAAGCUGGACCUGUACACGGUCUGUGGAGGCUUUGAUCCUCACAGGACAAUUCCUGUCAUGAUUGAUGCUGGCUGCACUGAUGCAAGUGGAAACUCCGCGAAGCUCACAAUUCGCGACCAUUCCCUCUACACCGGGCUGAAGCAGGAUCGUGUCAAGCACACGUCGGCGCAGGGCACUGAGGUAAACACUGCCUACUACGGCCCUGGCUCCUUCAUCGGGGAGUUUAUGACUGCUGCCUCUGAGCUUUUCGGGCGGAGUUGUCUGCUGCAGUUCGAGGACUUCAACUCCAACGAUGCCUUUCCGUUGCUUCAGGAAUACCGCUCCAAGUUCCUGACGUACAACGAUGACAUUCAGGGAACUGCCUCAGUGGCAGUUGCUGCCGUACUGGGAGGCAUCAAGUUGAACAAGCCUCAGUGCACAGACCUCUUGACAGAGCUCAAAGGUCUGCGCGUCCUGUUCCACGGUGCGGGCUCGGCAAACCUUGGAAGUGCCACCUUGAUGUUGAAUGAAGCUGGCGUGCCUGCAUCCUCGAUCCUGGUCACAAACUCGAAGGGUGUCAUCUGGAAAUCCGCCGAUGGCAAGAAAGGCAGCUACAAGAACGAUGAGCAGAAGGCAGUGGCAACUGUGGGCGAGCCCAAGGGAUACGAUGCAACCAAUCUUGUGGCCAUCAUCAAGCACCACAAGCCAGACGUCUUGGUUGGGGCAGUUGGCCGGGCACCAGGAUGCUUCACGCAGGAAGUGAUUCAGGAAAUGGUUGCCGUCCAGGCAGCAAAGAAGAGCGGAGCUCUCCGGCCCAUCAUCUUCUCGCUUUCCAACCCCAUGACCCAGGCGGAGAUUACAGCCGAGGACUGCUACAAAUUCUCCAACGGCAAGGCUAUCUUUGGCUCUGGGACCAGAUUCGACCCAGUGAUGGUACAGGGCAAGACUCGUGUGCCGGGGCAAGUGAACAAUUUCUUCAUCUUUCCAGGCAUGUCCUUUGGGGCCGUGUGCUGCGAAGCGAAAGAGAUCACGGACCGGCUCUUCAUGGAGGCUGCUGAGGCCGUAGCCAAUUCCUUGGACAAGGAGGACAUGGAGGCCGACUCCGUCCUCCCAAGCACGGGAAGGAUCCGGGAGAUUGGCUUCAAUGUUGCGGUGAAGGUCGCGAUGGCAGCCCAAAAGGCAGGGCUUGCCCAGAAGAAGCUGGGAGACACCGACGAG